AAAAAAAAAACAAAAAAACGGAAUACAAAAAAAAAAGGAAAUAGCCAAAAUUUGUUAAAUUUUUUUUGUGUCUUUAAAACAAAAACAAAAAAACAACUACGGAAAAACAGCCACGAAAAGCUUAACGGAAAUCCAUUGAAAAGCAGCAGCAGCACAAUUUUGUCGUUUAUAAAAUUUAAAACUUUGUCUUAGGAUUUGAAUUUUCGUCUUAGUAUUUUGAAUUUUUACGUUCGUCAACGCGGUCGAGAAAAUGUUCUGAAAAAGUCUUGAAUGAAAAAACUUUGAGAGGUGAAGCCAUCGACAAAAACAAGGGAGGAGAAAGGAGAAGAAACAUUAAGCAUUAAACAUUAAACAUUUCGCGAGUGAAUACUAGGAAACGGGGGAGAAGGACAGUUUUGUGCCAAAGUUGCGCAACGAGAACUGUACAUUUGUGUAUGUGUGUGUGCGGUGCGUAUCUGUGUGCGGCCAUCGUUGGCUAAGCAGCACACAGGAGACCCGGAGACCCGGAGCAGAGAAGGAGUCUUCGCAGAAGCGAGAGAUCGAAAGAGAGAGAACGAUAGAGGAUCAGAUCGAAGAACAUCACAAUAUCACAAUAUAUAUCCAUAUAAAAAUUAUCUCAAAUUAUUCAUAUCGUGGCAAAAGCAAAAGCAAAAGCAAAAGCAAAACUAUGAUCUAAAACAUGUAAAAACAGUUUUCGAAAGCAUUUCGUACGUAUACAAAAACAAAUUAAAGCUAAUAUUAGUAGUGUGAAAAAAAAAUACAAAACAAAAACAAAAACCAAACAAAAAUCCAUUCAGAUAAGCGGAGCGUUCUAAGCUAAACAACAAAUUAUAUUAACAUUUAUGAUAACACGAGUAUUCGAGCAUCUUAAAACUAUAGACAGGAGUGGAGAGGAGCAAACGAAAUAGAGAGAGAAGGAGAAGGAGAGUUUUUCUGGCAUAAAUCAACAUUCCCCGAAAUCCCAUUUGGUACACAACUUUGGCUAAGGAAAACAAGCCAUCAUUAUUGGCUGCUGAAUUGUUCAACCAAAAACAAGGAUUGACGAUUGCCAGCCCAGAAAUAUCUUUGGAACCAAUUUGAAAUCAUCGAGAAAACACGACCAGGAGGGAGAUACAAUUUCAUUUCAAACUAAAAAGAAAAGCAAAAGCAACAGCUUCCUGGGAGGAGCAGAUACGCAAAAACAAAAACAAGUUUAUUAUAAACGAAGGAAUAAAUAAAUGUGACACUUAAGAAGAAAGGAAUUUUAAAUUUGGACAAAAUGAAGAGAAACAAAUGAAGAGAGUGGCAGAAACCCAAACAGCAGCAGCAGCAGCAGAAGCAAAAGCCAACUAAAGCAGCAGCUAAGUGGCUAAGUGGCUAAGCGGCUAAGAAAGAGAAACAGAAACUGCAGAAAUGUGCAUCAAAAGUCAAUAGAGAAGGAGUCCCAACAGAGACAAAAGCCACACGAGAGAGAGAGAGAGAGAGAGGAGAGGCACAGCAACUCUCCGGGUGUCCAGUCAAAGGACACACAGAGAGGACAAGCAGCAGCAACCAAUAGGAUAUACAAGGCUCCCAUCGAGAGCAUAGGGGAGAGCACAAUGGCCAUCAACUUUUCGGCCUCGUUUGCGGCCUGCAUAGCGGCAGGCCUGAAGGUGCCCCGCCAGAUCAUGUACUGCAUUACCCAGGACUCGGGCCAGCCUUACGUCCUCUACAAGGACUCGCAGGACGCGGAGCGCAACCCGGGCGCCCUCGGGGCGAGCGCCGCCCAGUGGGGCAGCGACAUGUACCCCAACAUCCAGCAGCAAGCCCAGCAGCACCUCAACGCCCAGCAGCAGCAACAGCAGCAGCAGGCGCAACAGCAACAGAAUGCGGCACAGGCUGCCGCCCAGGCCGCCGCAGCGGCUGCAGCAGCGGGCCAGCCACAGAGUCCUCCGGGCGGGGGCCAGGAGCCCCGCGACAACGGCAGCGGCGACGGCCGCCAGCAGCAGGUGUCGCCCUCGUCCAGUCCGUAUCCCUCGGUCCAACAGCAGCAGCAGCAGCAGCAGCGGGCGAAUGCCGGCGGCGAGGAGGAUGCCAUGAACCAGCUUCAGCAGAACUCCGCGCCAAACCAAAACCAAAGCAGCAACGACCCCCAACACUCCGGCUCGAAUCCAGGGGAGGCGGGCAACCCGCACGUGCAGCAGAACGGGGGUGGCGGCGGCGGACCACAGGGCGAUCCCAGCAAUGGCUUCCAGACGCCCGACUACUAUGCACCACGACACGCGGCGCCGCAGGGCGGGAUGCUGGCUCCACCCGGCUUCCCGCCGCUCCACUAUCUGAACAAGAGCGUCCUGCCGAUGGAGCAGAACGGGGCAGGGGGCGGAGGAGGCGGUGGCGGCGAGGCCUACUCGCUGCCGGAGCUGCUGCCGGGCCAGCAGAAUGGCCAGCAGAACGGUAACGGCGGACCGUCGAACGCGAAUGCCAAUGAAGGCGCCGCGGCGGCCAACGGAGGGGCGACGGGUGCCGGUGUGGGGGCGGUUAGCGGAGUGACAACGGGCGGGCGGACGGGCAACGGUCCGGGGCGUCCGCACAAGAACAAGCCACACAGCGACCUGCGGCUGUUCAAGUGCCUCACCUGCGGCAAGGACUUCAAGCAGAAGAGCACACUGCUGCAGCACGACCGGAUCCACACGGACGCGCGCCCCUUCCCGUGCUCGGAGUGCGGCAAGCGCUUCCGCCAGCAGUCGCACCUCACACAGCACCUGCGCAUCCACGCCAACGAAAAGCCCUUCACCUGCCCGUACUGCUCGCGCAGCUUCCGCCAGCGCGCCAUUCUCAACCAGCACAUACGCAUCCAUUCGGGUGAGAAGCCCUUCGCCUGCCCCGAGUGCGGCAAGCACUUUCGCCAGAAGGCCAUCCUCAAUCAGCAUGUGCGCACCCACCAAGAUGUCUCGCCACACCUCAUCUUCAAGAACGGGCCGCACCCGACGCUGUGGCCCUCGGACGUGCCCUUCCCGGGAGAGGAGAACGACACGAAGGGAGACAUUGCCGGUGCCGGCGGCGGAUACCAUGACGACGACUCCCAGGGCACGCCAGACGGCAGCGGGGGCAUGCAUUAUCCCUCGUACUUCAAGGACGGCAAGGAUCAUUCCGCAGGUCAAAAGAUACUGCCCGAGGUGCUGCAGCACAUCGGUGUCCGUCCGGCGAACAUGCCGCUCUACGUCCGGUGCCCCAUCUGCGACAAGGAGUUCAAGCAGAAGACCACCCUGCUGCAGCACGGCUGCAUCCACAUCGAGUCGCGGCCGUAUCCCUGCCCGGAGUGCGGCAAGCGCUUCCGCCAGCAGUCGCACCUCACGCAGCAUCUGAGGAUCCACACCAACGAGAAGCCCUUCGGCUGCAUGUACUGUCCGCGCUUCUUCCGCCAGCGGACCAUCCUCAACCAGCACUUGCGUAUCCACACCGGCGAGAAGCCCUACAAGUGCACCCAGUGCGGCAAGGACUUCCGACAGAAGGCCAUUCUGGACCAGCACACGCGCACCCACCAGGUAGGGGAUCGACCCUUCUGCUGCCCGAUGCCCAACUGCCGGCGACGCUUCGCCACCGAGAACGAGGUGACCAAGCACAUCGACAACCACAUGAAUCCCAACACCACCAAGGUGCGACGCCAGCAGCAGCAGCACCAGCAGCAACAGCAGCAGCAACAGCAGCAGCAGCAGCAACAGGUGCAGCAGCAACAGCAGCAGCAGCAGCAGGGCAACAGCAACGCGGUGGCACAGGUUGCCUCCGUGGCCAAUCACCUGAUGAACGACGCCAAGAGCCUGGCGGCCCAGCAGUUCCUCAACAACAACAACCCGACGUCGGUGGACAACAAGGCCAACAUCCUGCCGGUGCGGAGCAUAGCGGCCAAUGCCGCGGCCGCAGCCGUCGUCCAGCAGUCGGUGGUGAAGAACGAGCUGUACUUCCCCCAGUGCUAUGGGCCGCCCUUCCAGCACCCCUUCCAGACGCAGCAGCCACAGCAGCCCAGCGUGGCACACGCGAACGGGGGGCCCACGACGCCGGUGACCGUCACGGUGGCCAAUUCGGUGGCGCCCGGCGUGGUGGUGCAGCAGAACCCGUCCGCCUCCGUUGUGGCCCAGUGACAUCCCACCACUGGAGCACCUGGAGCCCAGCAGCAGCAGCAACAACAACAGCAGCAGCAGCAACAGCAACCAACGGCGCCCCAACAGCAACACCAUCCGCCACCCCCACCGCCGCCCACAUCGUCCGCACAUCAUAUCACAGCAGCAGCUGCGGCGGCGGCAGCAGCAGCAGCGGCCUCGCCCACCUCCACGCACGCCUCAUCGGUGGCGGCACCGCAAACGGUGACGCUUUCGAUCACAUUGCCGCCACCGCCGACGUCCCACCCGCCCCAUCCGGGGCAUCCGGGACACCCGGGAGUGCCCAACGGGGGUGCGCCCCCACCGCCGCCCACUCUAACACAUGCGAUACCCAUCCAUCCCCACAUACACUCGAUAUUCGGAUCUCUAUGAUGUCAUCAGUAGGAAGCGCGAGAGAGAGAGAGAGAGAGAGAAGAGAGGAGCAGGAGCAGAAGCAGAAGCAGAAGCAGUAGAAGUAGCAGGAGAGAGGAGAGGAAAUCAAAAUUGAGGAACACACUAUUCACAAUAUUCGAUAGGUUCGAUAGGUUCGAUAAGUUCUCUAGUUAUAGACGCAUACAAAUUCUCUUAGUUUUUAAAACUAAUCUUUAAUCUUAAAACCACAAAACACAGUUUUGGUAACACAAAAACGGGAACGGGACAGAGCAGAGCAGAGCAGAGCGGGCGAAGAGUAAGAAAAGAUGAUCGGGAGAAGAGGAGCUGAACCAGGAAAAACAGGAAAACAGGACGAGUACUAGUCUUUUCGAAAAGGACUCUAAACUCCUUUGAUUACGACCAUUAACAUCAAAUGCAAAUGGUUAACGAUUGAGAGCUACAGCGCUACAAAGAGAAGAGCGAGAAUGAGAACCAAAACACAACGUUAUACGAUUCCUUUUUGAUAAUUUCGUUUAAGGACCCUAACACCUCUUAAGACUACCAAUACAUCAAAUAUUUAUACACACAGACACACACACACUCAAACACAAGUUCGUCAGACAUGAAGCUGAGGAUGAUGAUAGUGACGAUGAUUACUGAAACAAUCGACAAGAGUUAUACGAUUUUAGGCGUACACUUAGGAUAACUCAGAUAUAGAGAGAGCGAGAGCAAGAGAUAGAUGGGGGAAUGAAUGGAUAGACAGAUAUGGAGUAUGGAGUAUGAAGUGAUACGAGCGAUAGGAGCGAUAGAUAGGGCAGCUAUAGGGGAGAGAAAGAGAGGCGCCACAGACGCUGGCUGGCGCUGAGCAAUUUGUUUUUCGAUGACACAGCAGCUAAGUUUUGAUUUCGUUCUCCAGAUAUGUUGAAGUAUUCGAAUUUUUGUUGAAUGAAUAUGGAUAACCCUUAUUAGAGCCUUCUAAUUUUUUUUUUUUUUUUUUCAAUUGAUAUGUGAUUUUUGUAUAUGUAUAAAAUAACACUAAAACGCAAUCUAUAAUUAUACAACGAGCAGAAUAAGUUGUAGAAACCUUAGUACAUUGAACUAGGCUUCAUUUGUUGUCUUCCCCAACUAAUUGUGUGUAAUUUAUGUUGAGUUUUUAUUUAGUACGAGUAAUUAGGCAUACGUUUAACCCAAAUAUGUCCACACAAGUGCACGCACAACCAACCCAUAGGCAGACACAAGAUAGAUAGAGAGAGAGAGAGAGGAAGAGAGAGAGAGAGUGAGAAGGCGAACGGGCGGGAAUAGAAUCGAUCUACUAUAUAGCGAACGCAAUUCAAAUGUGACUCUUCAGGUGCCAUACAAUCGAACAAUAGUCAAAAAGUUAUCUGAAUCACCCCACCACCCAAUACUUUUCCCUUUCCCCUUGCUUCGAAUCCAAAUCCGAAUCCAAAUCCAAGUCCAAAACCCAAACCACUGUGUGGAUAUAGAUGACAAAUUUAGUUUCAUAUCAAAUUUUCCAAUGUACCGUCAAAGCAUUUAUGAUUGUUAUUAAUCUUAUAGCGUAUGCUUCCUACGUAAUACGUAUUGAUGGGAUCGCAGAUGGGAUCGCAGAUGGAAGAGCGAGAGUAAGAGCGGGAGAGAGAGAGAGAGAGAGAGCAGAAAUUAACUCUAGUUUAGUCGUUUCACUUUUGCAAGUACUAUCUACUCAUUAUUUAAUACAUUUAGUGUCUAGCCAAUUAAGUUUCGAUGGAAGUAAAUCGGAGAAAGUGCUCGGAAUACGAUUUGUUUUCGCUGUUUUUUAGGCAUACAGAUUAUCAAUUAUGUUUGCAUAUAUUAUUUAAUGAUUUCAAAUAAAACAAAAACACAAUUAUUUUAUUUCCGAUUUUUCCGUUUUCCUCUUCUGUUUAUUCUGUUUAUUCAUCGUUUCAUCCCAGCCCAGUUUUUAGACCCUACCCCAUCCCCAAACGAUAUAUAUGUAUAAUUUCCCCAACUAUCGGGGCAAACGAACGACAUUUUUGGCAUUGAACACAACAUUUUUCGGCUUGGACAGGCGUCUGGUUUUUGUGAUACGAGUGGGGCUCAGUUAUGGCAAAUGUUUCGGCAACCAACCAGUGAACGGGUUGACCAUUGAAAAUUGUACAUAGAACGUUUCGAAAAUACAAAGUGAAAAAAUUACGCACAAAAGUUUUAUAAAUAGUUUGAGCAAAUUUUUUUGGCAUUGUAAGAGUUUUAUUAACACCUACGGUUACGGUAAAGUUAGUCCAAAUUUUAGAACACUCUUUAGGCACAUUGAAAACUCGAAAUCUAAAUCAAAAUUGAAAUUGAAAUUGAAAAAAAUGGAAAACACUAUCCACGAACAAUUUGCAUGUUUUGGCACAAAGGCAAAAAACAACAUCCAAAAAUUUAUACGGUAACCGAGAUAUGGCGGCUUUUAUUGGAAUUACGAUUAGACCAAAGGGACUUGGAUCCGCCUGAUCGGAUCGGAUCGGAGCGAUCAGCAUGAUUUGCUAUAAGGAAUACUUAUGACAACUAAAACAAAACAAAUUUAACACUAAGCUAAUGCUCUACUCUAGCAUACUUUUAGGCCUUUUUAGACAAAAUUUUAACAAUUCUUUCGGCUUUAAACGAAAAUCGAAAAAUCGAAAAACGAACGAACACACACACACAUACACAAAAACCUUUUGGCUUUAAAUCAAAAUUAUGUUUAGUUUUAGUUAAAGAAACUAAAUGGAAUGGAAAAAUUGAUGGGAAUGUUUAUAUCAAAGUAAAUUAUGGCAAAUUAUGCUAUAAUUCCAAUAAAAGCAAAAUUUAGACUGAAUGUCGCUGUGAUAAAUGCAAAGUAAAAACAAAAUGAAACGAAAACGAAAACAAAACCAAAACUAAAACAUAAAACUUUUGUACAUUUUUAGGCAUAAAACAAAAUUUAAAGCAUACACUUAAUCAAAAAAAAAAAAAAAAAAAACAAAACAAAAACAUACCUUAGGCGCUAUAAAUUCUAGCAUAAAGACUAACAACAAAAUUUUGAAACGCUCCACAAACGAUUUGCAGGCCUCCAAGGGAGUCCAGUGUCCUGGAACUGCCUGCAAAUCGAAAAUACUUUCCACCUUAUUUACCAUUUUCGUAUGAUUUGGGUUUCAGUUGUUUUUAUUUUUAUAUAUGUACCUAUCUUCUGUUUUCACGUUUUAUUGAAGGAUCGGAUCGUUUUCGUAGUUGCAAACAAAAUUCAAAGCGAAGAGAGAAGAGUACGAAGAAAGCUCCAAAAAUGUGUAAGCCAGAUGCUUCAGUGGAACCCAGGGAGAAGGGAGGAAUACAGACCCAAGAGCACACCGGCCAUGACAAACGACAAAAUACCAGUAUACAUACCCACGAGUGUUUACUGUACUGAUAUACUGAUCACGAAUCGGGGACACACGUUUCCCGAUCGAUGACUCAAAGCCUAGACAGACAAAGGGGCUACCACCUGACGAAUAACCUAAUAUAACAUAAUAGAACAGCACAGAACAGAGCAGUGCAGAAACAUACCAUAGAAGAGCCUCGACAGAUAGUUGAAGGAGAGACACAUAAAUACAUAAAUACAUAGAUACAUAGAUACAUACAUAUAGAAAACGAGUGGCAGCAGGGGCCAGCAGAUACCCCUGCUCGGCGAGACAAGAGAGACAAGUGAGAGAGAGAGACAGAAACAAAGUUACAAGCAUACCUAACAACCAAACAAUAGCCCAAUUUAAAUAACCAAGAGUACAAAUACAAGUAAUUUUUAUAGCAGAAAUUUUAAUUGCAGUCUCAAAAAGCCAUAAUAAUUAAACAUAAGCAACAACGUGUACUAUAAAGCGAACAGCCCAAAGACAAAACCACACACACACCACACAACACGACACGACACAAGAAGCAAGCAAGCAAAGGCAUGAAUAUGAACUAUGAACUAUGACAAACUUUGAACUUUGAUCAAAAUCAAGAAGGAGACAAAAUCAGAGAGGAAAACGCGAGAGAAAUUCGGAGCUCGAAAGCUGCUUUUCGACGACACACAACUCGACAAACCAGAAAGCAAAAACUCAAAAGAACAAACAAAACCACUAAGAAAAAUCCUUUCUUCUUAAAAAUUAAUAUAGUGAAAAAUUAUAAUACCACAAGCAACAGAUAAUGAACGAAUGUCAUGAUAAAGAGAUUAAGAAAAUGAACACAUGUUUCAGUAUAAUAUUUGAGAGAAAUGCUAUCAAAUUAUUACCAUUCCGGCUUACACUUCAGACUCAGACUCAGACUUAUAUUCAGAUCCAGAGACAAACCAAAAAUUCAUAGUAAAUGCCGAACAAACAUACAAACAACAAUGAAUCAAACUCCAAAGGGGAAAGGUGUGGCAUGGUGCAUACCUCCAUGCCACACCGGAUCCUGCCUGGGGGGGGAAUGCAUUAUAAUUGAGUACAGCCGCUUUCUGCAAUAGUGAUAAUAGUUUUUAAGUCAACCACCAAGCGUCAAAGCAACCAUCAAACAAAAAACAACACAACAAACAAACAAGCAACAAUUCAAAUGAAUCAGCAAACAGUAAGGGAACGAAACGAUAGGAAAUACAUACACUUUCAAAUAGAAACGGUAAGCAUAAUACUAAUGAUAAUGAUAAUGAUAAUGACAAUGAUAAUACUGAAUUAUAAUAAUACGAUGCGAUGCGAUGCGAUAAUAUUACGAAGCGAUGAAUGCCCAUUGAACAGCUGUUUGAUUUGAUUUCAAAUUGGAAAACAGAGACGGAGACGCAGACAGAUGCAUUUAACUCAAGUCUCCAAACGAUUUUUAGUUAAAUUCUCAAAUAUCACAAAGAAAAUGGAGUUAUAGAACGAACCCCAAGGGAGGGAAUAAAAUAUUUGAAUGGAAUAUUUGAAUCGCUCCAAAAUACACUCUAAAUAAAGCAAAAGCAAAACCCAAAUGUAAACCAAAAGCAAAGCAAAGAAAUAUAGCAUAUAGUGCAUAUGGAAAACCCUAAACUCUUAUAUUAUAUGUAUGGUGUAUUAUAUUUUUUAACGUAUUUAAUGCAUACUCUCUAUAUAUACGAUAUAUCUACUUAUAUUUGAAGUAACCUUAAACAGUUUGUGCGAGCAGCCAGCCGAGGGAAUAGGAAGAAUUACAUACACAGACCCGCAGACUAUCCAUAUUACUGAAUACUGAAUUACUGAAUAUCAGUUGUAAAAUAGCCCGAAGAUAGAAUAAUCUCUGUUCCCCUCUUCAAAAGAUGGAGGGAAUCCGAAACAACAAUAGCCUCGUUAGUUUAUAAUCAGAUGAUCAAGUUGAUGAAAUAUCAGUGAAAUAUCUCUAUACAAAAUAUUGCAAAAACGUCGAACAUCUUGGUCCAAGCCAGCGUCCAGGCUCCAGGCUCCCGAGAUUAUUGAGGUUAACCACUAAUUCAUUUGGUUUCUCCUCAAAUGGUUCUUCAAUAAUAUCAAUAUAAAUGGCACAGAUUUAAAACAUUAAUGGAAGCCAUAGCUGGCCAACAAAUAUCAUUGAUUUAUCGUUCCCAGACAAUGCCAGACUCAGGCCCGGCUUUCGAGCCGGCGUCGGAACCGGAACCGGAACCGGAACCCAGAAACUGGCUGGACCAAAGGAAUAGACUUUUUGCAGUACACACAAUGUGCCCAUAGAACAAGUAAUUUAUAACAGACAGAAAUCAAACGAUUUAUUUAUAUGUAUUAUUAUAUAUGUACGAACUGUUGUUUUUGCAACAGUAACAAGCCACAAACCACGAACCACAAACAAACAUGAAAUAGUACCGAAAAUAUUUUACAGAAUUUUUACAAUCAACAAUAGUUACAGUACUUCGAAGAAUUCAAUCCAGCGAGCGGUUCGCAAACGAAUGGAAAAAUCAGCUAAACUAAACAGAAAAAAAAAAAUAGUAAAAGUCGAUUUCCGAAAAGGAUCGACGCAAAAGCCGAAAAAAAUAAACCAAAACUGAGAAAAUAUAGUAACAUUUUUUUUUUCAAAACGACAUAAAAAAGAUACGCGUACGAGUACGAGUACGAGUACUAGUACUAGUAUAUUCGAUUAAGUGUUAAGUGAAGUAUGGAAAUGCAAACAAAUAUUUUUAAAACUUGCGCUCGCCUAAGUGUAAAGCAGAUUGGAGAAGAACCGAAGAAAUGAAAUCAAUCGUCAGAUACAGAUACGAUACGAUACGAUAAAUUACGUAAAUAAGUUCUGAUUAAAUCAGAUACGAUCAGAUCAGAUGAGAGAACGAACCGAACACAAUUUGUUGUUAUGUUGACAUUUAUUUGAUGGGAAUAUGUAUACGUUUGUAAUUAUUAUGAACAAUUGACAGGGACUACCAUAUAAUAACUACCAUAGAAAUAAUACUGAGCAGAGGCAAUAGAAACAAAUUUUAUUUAUGCAACAAUCAGCGUCGCCGCCGACCCUGACCCUGAUAUGCACUUAUUAUUAAUUAUAUACUCAACAAAAACUGAAACUGAAACUGUACAUAAACCAAAACCAAAAGCAAAACCAAAACCAAAAUCACAAACUGCAAACUGCAACUGCAAUAGUACCGACAUAAGUAAAUCAAUUAUUUUCCUCAUUUUGCUAAUGAAUAGCUAAUGCAACAGGAGGUACGUACUUAGGAACGCAAAGAAUCAGCAAUCAGAGUAGUUCAAGAGCAGUGUUCAAGUGCGAUUAGAGUAACAGGAGCCGAGCGAGUCCCAGGAGUUCUUACUUUCAGUUGAACGCGACAUAUCCACAGACGAGUGAGAAUAUGAUCCAUAUUCCAGCCCCACCAUCCAUCACCAUCCCCACAACAACAACAAACACACAACCACCACGACACACACACACACACAACCUUAAAUUUCAACCUUUUUAUCAGAAAGUGAGAAUGAGAAUCGAAUCGAAGACAUACACACACAUUUGUUUGUUGAGCAGAAAGUUAAUCAAAACCAAACCACAAAUCAAACCACAAAUCAAACCACAAAUCAAACCAAAACCAAAACAGAAUCAAAUCAAAUAGAAUCAAACAAGACAAAGCAAUAGUGAUACUAAACUGCCAGGAUCAGGAGACGGAACACGUACCUGGCCUGGGUCAGCCAUAAGCCAUUAAUUAACCAAUAGCCUGAUGCGAAUGAGCAACAAUAAACCGAACGAAUCUCUUCAUUUACAACAGAUACUUACAACAAAUGCCACGGAUACCGCGGGCAGCAACAGCAACCAUAGUACAAUAAAAAUACAUUUUUCUUAUUGAGCGACUUUUAUACAGCAAAACCAACCGCAACAGAAGCAGAAACAGAAACAGAAACCGAAACCGAAGCAGAAAAACAAUUGAAUGAACAAGCAAUAGAAGACAAUGAUGAUUAGGGGAUCCUGCAGGAUGCAGUGCAGUGCAGGUCGAAUGCGAAUCAAAACGGGGAUUACCCGACUAAUACAAAGGCAAUUUUAAGUAUACAUACAACAAACAGAGAGCAGGAGGAAGCAGUGUAGAGCAGAGCAGAGCAGAGCAGAGCAGAGCAGAGCAGAGCAGAGCAGCAACUAUAUACAUAUAUUUUUUAAAGAUGCAGCACUAACAAUAGCUAAAAGAUUGUUAAACAUUUUUAUAUUUCAAUUGUAUGAUUUCCCAUUUAUGUAAUUGAGUGUAAAAAGAGAAUUAUACAUACUAUAUAGAUGAAGAAAUACCAAAAACCAAAACCAAAACAGAAUCAGUGAAAAAACCAAACCAAAAAACAAAAAAAUAAUGAAAAAAAUAUAUAGAAAACCUUUUUUUUUAUAUUACAAGAGACAUAAAAAACAGAGGAGGAUCAGAAACAAACGACAAACAGAACUACAUAAAUCUCACUUUCCUGGUAAAAAAAAUCUAAUCAAUUGGUACAACAACUACAAUUACAAAUACAAUUACAACAGCAGAUUGCACGUGAAUUAAACAAUAAAACUGGCUACACAACAACAGCAACAGCAUACGAUGUUUAUUCGACUUUUUGUUCGCAUUUCGUUUGAAUUUCUCCAAUCAUUUCACAAUCUAAACCAAUCUUUCGUUAAUUGUCAAGUUUUCCAAUCCUUUUUUUUUUGUUUUGUUUUGCACACAUCAACAAGAACAACAACAACAACAACAAGAGCAACAACAACAACAACCAGAAAAGGCAACAACAAUUUCAAAAGCAAAAAACAAAAACAAAAUAUAUAAAAAUAUAUAUCAAACAUCAGGAACACACUGGCAUGCAAGUUUCGGGACUCAAGUUUAAAAAAUAUUUGUGGCUAAUCAAACAAACAAAAAAAAAACCAUAUUUAUUGAAAGCAUCUUAGUUUGGCUGAAUCAAAUAUGAGGUUCAUAAUAAAAGAUAAAGUAUUUGGAUAUAACAAGCGAAAUGAAUGAAAAAAAAUUAUUCGGAAAGGGUAUUUCCAAUCAAAACUAGAGGGAGAACGUUUAAGCGAACAUUUAACAAGUGCAUAACAUAUGUUUGAAUCCUUGCAGAGGAUGAUCGUCAAGGAACCUUUGGCAUCUGAACGAAAAAAGAAACACUUUAGAGAUCAAAAUCUAAAAUAAAAAAUGAUGACUUGUCCAGAGGCAAUCGAAGAAAAGAAAACAUAAAAGAAAACAAUACAGAAAAAGUAAAUCAUAAUAAGUGGCAAAAUAUCUUGAGGAUAGAGUUACAAAAAGCAAACAAAAACACUUCUCGGCCCAUUCCAAAGUAUAUAUUCUCGGCAAUACAAAGAAACAACUCUCGGCCUUUCAAAAAUCAAUCGAUUAUCGAUUGCACAGACCACACAGUGAACACUCGAGGCAACUACUUAAAGGCAGUUCAAAAAUUCAAAUUCACAUUAAAUUACAUUUUUCGGAGCAACAAAAACAGAAUGAAAAUUUGAAUUUAAAUUUAAGCCAAAUGUAUAAGCAUCAUUUUUUACAUACAAAUUAAGUAAUACUAAAACUAAAUACUUUAGGUAAUAAAUGUAAGAGAACGCGAAUUGGGAAAUCGAAAGCAAAAACCAAAAAGCAAAACGCAAAAAGCAAAAAACAAAAACGAAAACCAAACACCAAACACCAAAAAACAAACAUUGAUCAAUUUCGAAAGUAAUGAAAAAUCGAAAGCUCGAGUGGAGCGAAACUAAAAUACAAUACAAAUACGCAACAAAAUUGAUAUAUCAAGAGAAUACAAAUUACUAAAAAUUCAAAAUUUUAAUUGUUGUAAGCAAACUAAAGAAAACUAUAUAUACGAGCAUAUAACCAGAACCUUUCUUAAACUACCCCCCAACCACAAGCCCACAAGCCCACACCACACACGAGCUACACCGAGCACCCCACAACCCGCAAACACUUACCCCACAGCCACUUGCCCCACCAACACGAUCCCGGUAAAUCUCGGACCCCACCCACAAAAGUACACACCGACCCACCCAACACAUACACCCCAUACAAACACAGACAAACACACACACACCUCUUCUGACCCACACACCACCAACACCUUCCAUUGGUUUAGAUUUUAAGCAUAAUUUUUAACGUAAUCGUCAGCCAAAAAGCAAAACAAAACAAAACAAAAAUAAAAAGAAAAGCAAAAACCUAUUGAGGCAGUCCAAAAUUAAUCGAAAACGAAAAUACGAUUUUAAGGCAAGCAAAUCUUAAUGCAUCAAAAGCAAAA